UAACAGUUCUACAGGCAUUAGAGGAUGGACUGAAGAGAGCAGAUGCAGAUCCUUCAGUGAAAGCUGUUACGAUUUGUGGUGAAAAUGGGAAAUUCAGUGCAGGAGCUGACAUUCGAGGAUUUUCUUCUCCGAAGAGACAGGGUAUUGCCUUGGGCCCCAUCAUUUCUCUCAUAGAAAGGAGUGAGAAGCCUGUGGUGGCUGCCAUUGAAGGCAUUGCCUUGGGAGGAGGCCUGGAGGUGGCACUUGGCUGUCACUAUCGGAUUGCACAUGUGAAGGCACAGAUGGGUUUACCAGAGGUCACCAUUGGGUUACUUCCAGGUGCUGAAGGCACUCAGCGACUACCCAGACUGAUUGGGGUACCAGCUGCUCUGGAUAUAAUCACUACAGGAAGACACAUUCCAGCAACUGAAGCACUGAAGCUGGGCUUGGUUGAUGAAGUUGUGGAAGAAAACACAGUUGAGGCAGCAAUUCGCUUGGCAAACAAAGUGAUUGGCCAGCCAUUGGGACCCCACAGGCUCAGCCUGAAGCCAGUUCCAAAAUUGCCCAACAUGGAAGCAUUUCUCAGUGAGGCUCUUGUGAAGGUGAAGAAACAGGCCCACGGGUGCCUGGCUCCAGAGCUGUGCUUCCAGGCAGUCAAAGCUGCCACAGAGCAGCCCUUUGCAGAUGGAGUCCGGAAGGAGCGAGAGCUGUUUAACAUCCUGCUGACUUCAGGCCAGGCCCAAGCACUGCAGUACGCUUUCUUCGCGGAGAGAGCAGUGCAGAAGUGGACAACACCCAGUGGAGCUUCAUGGAAAAGUGCUUCCCCUCAGCCCAUCUGCAAAGCAGCUGUGAUAGGGCUAGGAACAAUGGGCCGAGGCAUUGUGACUUCUCUGGUUAAGGCCAACAUACCUGUGGUAGCCCUCGAGCAGAAUCUGGAGUCUCUGAACACAGGAAGAAAAGCUGUGAUGCUCCUUUUGGAACAUGAGGCUAUGAAAAUGGAGCAGGGUGCCCAAACCCUGGAUUUCCAUAACCCUGCACGUCUCCAGUUCACUGUGGACUUCGAUGUGUUGCGGGAUGUAGAUCUAGUUAUUGAGGCUGUGUUUGAGAACAUGGCACUAAAGAAGGAAAUAUUCCAUAAGCUAUCAAGAAUCUGCAAGCCAGGGGCCUUUCUGUGUACAAACACAUCAGCCCUGAACAUCGAUGAAAUAGCUUCUGCCACGAGCCGCCCACAGCAGGUCAUUGGCACGCACUUCUUCUCCCCUGCUCAUGUGAUGAGGCUAUUAGAAAUAAUCUAUGGCUAUCACACAUCCCCCACCGCCAUUGCCACUGCCAUGCAGCUAGCCAAAGCACUGAAAAAAGUUGGAGUGGUGGUACGGAAUUGUUUUGGGUUUGUUGGGAACCGAAUGAUGUUUCCAUACGUUCAACAGGCAGUUUUUCUUUUAGAGGAAGGAAGCAGACCAGAAGCCGUAGAUCAGGUUCUUGAAGAUUUUGGGUUUAAGAUAGGACCUUUCCGAAUGUCUGACCUUGCUGGGCUGGAUGUGGGCUGGAGGUCUCGAAAGGACCAGGGCCUCACUGGUGCCUUAAUACCUCCAGAAACACCUGCCCGCCAGCGGCAUGGCCAUCGCUACAGCCCACUGCCAGAUCUUUUGUGUGAGAAUGGCAGGUUCGGCCAGAAAACUGGAAAAGGCUGGUAUCAGUAUGAGAAGGCUGGGGGCAGGACAGCCAAGCCAGAUCCAUGGCUUCACAACUUCCUGGCCCAGUACAGAGACACCCAUCACAUCAAGACCCGCUUUAUAGAUCAGGAGGAAAUCCUGGAGCGGUGUUUGUUUUCCCUCAUCAAUGAAGGGUUUGACAUCCUGGCUGAGGGAAUAGCAUCUGGCCCAGAACACCUGGAUGUAAUUUAUAUCAAUGGCUAUGGGUGGCCAAAGCAUAGGGGUGGCCCCAUGUUCUAUGCUUCCACUGUCGGGCUCCCUUGCUUUCUGUCUAAACUGCAGAAAUACUCCGAGGUCCACCCUGAUGUUCCUGGGCUACGGCCCAGUGCCUUUCUGAAAAAGCUGGUAGCUAUGGGGAACCCUCCCCUCAAAGAGUGGAUGUCCUACCUAAGCCGGCAGAGCAACAAGCUGUGAUUUCGUUGAUGCCUGCUGUAUAAAUUCAGAAGCUGAUCUCAUGAAAUAGGUGCUGUAAUUGCACUGUCUUUUCCAAUCAAAACCAAAGUGCUACAGGCUCAUAAACAAUGUCACUGACCUUCCUGGGCCUUUGCAAAGAAUAACUUUGGCCGAUGAUUGAUCUCAAUCUCCCUCUUGCUGCAGGUAACCACUGCCAUCACCCACCCUUCCCACCACCAGCCUUACCCACCUGCUUUGCACAUUGCUGUGUAAAGGCCCAUCUCAUUUUGCUCUGCCUUCAGGUCUUCACAGCUGUACACCUCUUCCAGUCUGUCUUUGUGGAAGGGAGGGAGCAGCAUCUACAGCCCACAAAGCAAAUCGGGGUAGGAGGCAAGAGAAAGAUGGUCACAAUUCACCUGAGAGUGACUGGAUCUGCCAGAUCCUGCCCUAAGUCUGUUUCCCAGUUUGUUCAAGUCUUUCCUGUACAGCCCACCUCUACUGGAUUCCCUGGCUCUCCCAAAGACAGCCAGCUGGAGCCUGCUGCCUUCCCGCUGCUGCAGGAGAGACCGCACAGGGCGCAACACCUUUCAGAGGUAAAAUCAAAUGAAUUGGAGAGAGCAGGUUUGGGCAGAGAGCAAGGGGCAGGGCUGGUACCGUCCCUCCUCCCUGCUGCAGAGGAAAUUUUAAUAAAUGACAGAAAAGCCACAAACGCAUUGACCUGACUAACCUGCCCUGUGGUGUUGGCUUACGACUGGCCUUCUGCAUCCAGACUCCGUCCUCCAUUAUCGUUAUCCCCACACGGCUUUGUCCAAGCAGAAAUAUCUUCUGGCAUCUCUUAAGUGUGGAUAUGUGUUGCCAUCACUCCCCCUAUCUUGCCUGCCUACAGCUACCAGGUCUUGGAACUCAGCAUGCCCUAAUUGACCAGAUUGAAGCCUGGCCUGGCACUUACCGGGUUUUCACAUGGGCAGAGGACACACUGAAAAGUACACGGCUCAAGAGUAGGCAGGAACGUUGCUGCAGGCACGCAGGCAGGCGGCAGAUCUCUAGCAGAGAGCAGAGAGAGAGUGAGCCGAACUUGCUCCAGGCUUGAUGCUUUGGGACAAAGUCUCCCAUUUCUCGUGUCUAAUGAAUGUAUCUUCUAGUCCAGUGUGGGGAAUAGGUUGGUCUGGGUUCCCUUCUCAGGGAGAUUAUCAUUGGAUGUCUAACUUUUGCUUUUUAUUUUAACAAAAGUGCUUGGAUUAUCUCAUGACAGAUUAUAUGAUACAUAAAAGUAGAAAAGUAGAA